GUGAUAACCGUGUCAUUUCUUUUUGGUCAUCGCUUCAACUCGUUUGGUGGGAGCUUUGUUUGGUUGGUAGACCUGUACAAAGAUCACUGCCAACAAAAUGGCGAUGCCGUCGACUUUGUUUUCAUUUGCUUCACGUAUUCUCUCUUUGCGGAGUACUCAUGCCACCCGUAUGAUACAUAGUGUCAGAGGAUGCUUUGCUUCAGCUGUUGAAACCUCAACGGCAGCAGCAAAUGAGGAAACUAGUAGUUUUGCUGACACAGAAGGAACUGUGCUUCAGGAUAUUGAAGUAGAUGAUACUUUGAACCACAAAGACUUCUUUGGAGUAAGGAAGCUUUGUACACCACAACUCCUUUUUGAACAUAAAGUGCAUUAUGGUCAUAAAGCAACUGCUCUUGAUCCGGGGAUGAAACAAUUUGUGUAUGGAAUUAGGUCAAAUCAAGUAAUUUUUGAUUUGGAUAUUUCUAAUUAUCACAUGCAAGAAGCUCUAAACAUAGCUGCACACAUUGCCUUGAGAGAUGGGAUUAUACUUUUUGUAGCAAGACUACCUCACUGUGCCAAUUUGAUAGAAAGUACUGCUAAAGAAUGUGGGGAGUUUGCUCAUACCAGGACGUGGAGAAUGGGAACACUUACAGACAUAAAAUCAGUCCAGAAAAUGGAAUGCCGAACCCCAGACCUUGUGAUCUUUCCAUCGACUCAAAGUGAGUUUGGAAAAGAGCACCCUGCUGUCCACGAGGCGGCCAAGCUCAACAUACCAACCAUUGCCAUUGUCGAUUCAAACUGCUGCCCAGAUAUGAUCACCUAUCCUGUUCCGGGAAAUGAUGAUACACCAUCAGCUAUUCAGCUGUACUGUGACCUCUUCAAAGAAGCUAUUGCAAGAGGUAAAAAGGAGAGAGUUAAGAGAGUGGCAUUGCUGGAGCAGGAAAUAGCAACAGAAGAACAACAAAGACAAUCUAAGUUGAGUUGGAAAGUGGUAAAAUAAUGCACUGAGGCAGACGACUCUUGAUUCACUGUGUCUCUACUGUCCCUCAACUUCUGGAAUUUAUUGAUACCCAUCAAAUAUGCAACUCUGAAAAAUGGAAAUUGAUUAAUUUGAGCCCUGUCUUUAGGGUAAUUUGAUAUUUUAUUAUGUGAAUCU